AUGUUCCUUAAGGUGUUUUCCCUAGUUUUGAUAUGUAGUCAGGUAGGUCUCAAAGUGUAAAUACUCCAUUAGCGUAAUAAUAUGACAUUCUGCUAUAAUGAUGACUUUGUAAUCCCGGCUGAGUCUGUACUCUUGUAUAUAUGUAUGAUAUUGUAAUUACCCGUGAAUGAAUAAAUAACUAAUCGAUAGCGAUUGAUAAAAGUGAAACCUGACUGUCAAUAACAACUUGGCGCUUUUAAUUAAUUUCUACCGUUUAGUUGGCCUACUGUAAUGUGUACGAUUUGAGCUCUGAAUCAGGAGAAUGCCCAGAGGUAAGAAAUGUUUUAAAUUUUUUAAAAUUCUUGUUUAUUAGUUACUUUUGACUGUUUACAUUAUUGUAACUUGCUACGAACUAAAUUGUGAAGUAUGUUAAUAUACUAACAUCAGGGAUUCUUCUUCUCCGAAGUGAUCAACAAUUGUAAAGUAUGUGCCACUUGUGGACCGUCUAUGUACAUCAAGAAGGAAUGUGGAGGAGACCAAGACACCCUGUGCGAUUACUGUUUGUCUGAGAACCCGACCUAUUCAGAAGACUUCUUCAACCGUUGCGACGACUACCGUAAGCUGUUCAAAAUUCUGAAUUUGGAAAAGUAUCCGACGAUGUUGAGGAAGGAGCAGCCACGAUAUCACGGCAUCAACUGGGCCCUGGCGUCGCUGGUCGCCGCCAUCUCCGUAGCCCUGAUUCUGACGAUCAACAAGUGCGUCAGACGCCCAGCCUUCAGAGAAGUCACGAUCUUGCCUCCGGAGCUCUCAGAAGAAGAAAAACGGAGUGAGUUUUGUUUUCCUUGACUACUGUAACAGCGAUUGUUUGAAGCAAUUGUGGAAAGUUGACUCAUUUCAGAUAUUAUCUUUGCUGCCGAACAUCUCCGCAACAAGAGGACCAAGAACGGCUACCAGAGAUUCGAUUACGUCUGA